GGGGAGACGAUGGACAGCUUCAACUGGGGGGUGCGGAGACGCUCCAUGGAUAGCCUGGACAGGAGUGACCUGGUGCCCCUGGACAACAACGAGCUGUCCAGCAGCAGGCCCAGCCUAGGCCAGUUCACCCACCAGGACUCAGAGGAAUCCUCAGAGGAAGAGUCCAUCACUGCCAGCCAGAUCCUCUCUCACUCCCAGGUGGUACGUCUCUCUAACCAUAGACCUAGGAUCAGAUUACCAUACCCCCCCAAUCCUAACCUUAACUAUUGGGGGGGGGAUUAAAUCAUAUCUGACCCUGUAUCAGCGGUUACAAUUGCUAGGACACAUGCUCAGCUGCUCUGUGCUUAUCUCAUACAUUCUGCUCAAAUACUUUGUGUUUAUACUUUAUGUAUUGUGAGAUGGUUUUCUCUGCUCUCACAACAGUUGCUUCGCGCAUGAUGUCCUGACAAGCAGGUCUGGGUUCAAGUAGUAUUUGUUUUCUUCCAAAUACUUCAAGCUCAGUCGAGUUCACAUGGUGCCAUGGAACCAAUGGAAUAGUUCCAAAAGUGAAAACCUCGCCCGAACGCUCAAUCCAAAUAUUUGAGAGAAAGCGAAUACUAUUUGAACCCGGGUCUGAUGAUUAGACAGGAGGAGGACUCUGAGCUGUACCUUUGUCUCGUUUCAGAUUGUGAAUCUCUCCCCCACCGAGGUCAAUCAACUGGACUCUCUGUACACCUCCCUCGACAACUCGGCCGCUGACCCUCCUCUUCCCCCUCUGCACACCCGAACUUCCAGUUUCGAGGUCUCGCUGGCAGAGAACUCAAUGCUGAGGGUGAAUAAGGACUUCUGAGUGUCUGAGAUAUGGGCGCCCACUCACUCCUAUUCCUUCUGCUAACGCUGCCGCCAAAUAAAUAAAAAAUAUCCUCUCCUUUCGCAGUUAGAUUUUAGGCAUAAGUGUUGAUGUAUUAUAAGUAUAAGGUAUUAUGUGUAUGUCUCUGUGAAUCUUCAAGAUUUUCUCCAGAGAGGAUAUGGCAGGACCCAGUCUUUCAUAGAGCUUCUAGUCAGCUGCAUGUCACAGCAAAAUCUUCUAAUACCUGUUCUAACACCUUUAUCUAAUUUGUUGGGUCAUGGGCUGGUUGGUGCUGCAAAUGCUUCCGUUUAUACUAUUCUCUACUAUCUUUUGAGGAAUAGGAUUGCUGUGUUCUUGGGGUUUUGCGGUUGUAUGGUAGCAAGGUUUAAACUUGAAGGCAAUGUGUAGACCUAUUCCUUGUCGGUUGGGGGGGAGGUGAAUGAAGGUUUACACAUUGACUGUCUUAACACGAGUGUUUAUGGCCAGACUCCUAACAUUUCAUUUGAAACAAUUGGUAUAAUUUGUACACACUUGUGAAAACAUAACCAAAUUUGAAAGAAACACAGCGUGCUGCUUUGUCCAUUAGAAAGGUCAGUUUGCAGAUAUUUUAUUCCUAAUACUGUACUUUCAGAAAAUGUCUUACCUUACCUUUCCUAGGAGGAAAGUGUCAUAAUUCUGAGAAUUUUCUAAGAAGUAAUUCACAUCAUUAAGCAAUGUUAUGAAUAUGCCCCCAGAAGCACAUCAUCAAGUAUAUUUGAGUGUAUAUAAUAAAAAUAAUGGAUUCAUGGAGUGCUUUUACACUGAGGUGCUCUCAGUGAUUUACCGUCACUCACUGCAUUCCGUCAGUAGAACACCAUCAGUGUUGUAUUAAAUUACAUAGACCAGUGUUUCCCAAACCUGUCCUCAAGUACCUACAGCCAGUUUCGUGGUACUGGAAUAGAUCGAAUUGGCUGGGGGUACUACACUGAGGCUGUGUCCCAAAUAGCACCCUAUUCCCUAUAUAGUGCACUGCUUUUGACCAGAGCCCUAUGGGCCCUAGUCAAAGUAGUGCACUACAUAGGGAAUAGGGUGCCAUUUGGGACACAACCUGAUAUUGACCAUCUGAUGCCAGCACUUCGAGUAAGUCCCUCCCUCCUUUCUUCUCUCCCUCUAGGCUGAGGCAUCAGUAGAAGACGAGGACACGAACAUCCAUGAGGAUGACCUAUCCCUGUCCAUCAGUGACCUCCCGCCGGGGUUUACCUGCAGCGGCGACAGCUUCAGCCUGGAAAAUCUAGCUCCAGGAGACUACCGAGGAGAACUGGACUUGGACUUCAGCUGUCUGCCCAGGUACAUAGCACUGUUCAGGUCAGUUAGAAGAAAACGUGGUUAAUGAAAGUGUUUAUAGUUCAUUUUUGUGAAUAAGCCAUUACAAACGCUUAUAAACGUGUUUAUAAGUGCUUUAUACAUUAUUAUACAUUUUAGGCCAAUAAAUGCUUAUGAAUUGUAAUGGAAUUGAUCAUAAAGUUUGAUCAUGAAAGUCUCAUCAAACCUGCAAUAGUGCUUUUGUCAGUAUUUAUACCCUUUUCAUACUACUGAAUGUGAAAAUAAUAUUAUGUAAGCCAGCACAAUAUGGUUCUGGUCAGCAUGAUAGUCUGAAAAGUGUUUUAAAGUGCUGCUAUUUCUUCAUGUGUGUUCUGAUUGAUGUGUAUGCCUGGUCUCCCCCACCAGUCUCAGUGAGGAGGAGAGAGACGAGUUGAUGGAGUCUCGUUCUUCCCCUCCUCCGUCACCCUUCUUCUCGGCCAUCCUGGCUGCGUUCCAGCCGGCGGUGUGCGAUGACGCCGAGGAGGCGUGGCGGAGGCACAUCAACCAGCUGGUGUCCGACUCAGAUGGCUCCUGCGCCAUCUACACCUUCCACGUCUUCUCCUCCUUCUUCCAGGUAGAUAGUAGAUUCACAUCGCUCACUACCUGUGCUCUCCCCCCU